UGCAGAAUGUCGUCGUCGUCGUUGACAUCAGCUAGACGGGUCAAUUUUCAAGGCAAAGAGCUGCAAGUCGCCACGUACUUCAAUCCACCUCUGUGCUAUCUCAAAUCGACCACCAAACGGACGAUCAACGGCAUCGAGGCCGACGUUUUUCUAGCCGACAGCAAGCGCGAGCUGGACGGCAUAGAGCUGCAGCUGUUUCUCAUUCUCGCCGAGGCCUUGAAUUUCACCUACGUGCUGAGAAAGCCGAGGGGCCGCUACAACCACGGCAGAAAGUUCAACGACACCGACUGGAACGGCGGCAUGAUCGGCCAGCUGUACUACGGCGAGGUCGACCUCGCCUUCGGCGGCAUCUGGAUCAGCCUCGACAACAACGAGUUCGUCGCGCUCAGCGAGCCCUGGAGCCAGACCCGCAUACACUUCCUGGUGCCGCGGCCGCGCUCCUACAGCAACGUCUGGGCCCUGGCGCGGCCCCUGUCGCCCUCGGUCUGGCUCCUCUUGGCUCUGGCCCUCCUGCUCGAGAGCGUCUACCUGCGGGGCCGAGCCCUGCGCGAUCCCCGAGUGCCCCGACGCUAUCGGCACUUGGCCGUGAGCCUGGCCGAGUCGCUGGGUCGGUUGUUGGGUUCGGCCACGGCCAGGGUGCCACCCCCGUUGAGGCUGCAGUUCGUGCUGUGGCAGCUGGUCGCCGUCGUGCUCAUCGCUUGCUACAACAGUAGUCUGUCGGCCAGACUGACGAAUCCGGACUUCGAGAGGAGAAUCGACACGGUGAAGCAAUUCAUCGAUGCCAAUCUGAGCUGGGGUCGCGAAUCGACUCCACCCCAAUUCGAGGAGUACUUCAAUCUCGAAGACGAGUACGCGAAACAGCUGCCGAGCAGAUUCGUGCUCGAGGACUCGGUGCACAAUCGCACCCAGCGCCUACUGCAGGGCAAUUACGCCGUGAUCGGCAAGGUCAUCGGGGACGUUUACUAUCCGGAGAACUUCGUCACCGCCGUGGCGCUCCAGAGACUCAGGGUCAUGCGAGAGAUCCUCGGACAGUUCUAUCUGUGCUUCGCGCUUCGUCCUCGGCUGCUCCGACCCGUCAACGAGAUAAUGAUGCGUCUGACGGAGUCGGGAAUCGUGCUGUACCACAUGGGCAACGUCAUUCACCGCAGAACCGGCAGCAAGCUGCGCGAGGUCUUCGUGGAGUACGACAACAUCGACUACGAUCGCGCCGUCGUCCUGACGAUAAAUCCGCUGAGCGCGGCCUUCUUCAUACUGUUGAUAGGUCUGACGAUGGCGAGUCUGGUGUUCUACGCGGAGAUCGGAUACGGACGGAGAAAGCGAUGGGGAAUGAAUGAACGAAAGAAAUAGUCGACUUUUUAUAUGCACGCUUUUCUUACAUUUUAUUGAUUCGUUUGCAGUACAUUAAUUAAGUCUGUUUAAUUAGCAGCAUUAAACACGGUUUACCUACAGUAAACCAUUUCUCGUUUUUGUUUUUUUUUUCAUGUUUAAACUAUAGACAAUCAUAAUAUUUUCUAAAUUAAUCGCUUUAACCUUUUUUUUCUCUUCUCUUCGCUUUAUUCGCGGCGCUUCGUCGUCGCUCUAAUCGCCCGUAUCUUCGCUUGCGCAAUCAAUUUUCAAUCGUUGAUUUAUAACAAUCAUGCCUAAUGAUAGGGUCGAUUUCUCGCUACUUUUUUUUAAGUUAGUAUUAUUAUUAUGUAUAUACUGCGUUUAUAAGGGCUCGCUUUUAAAAACUUAAAAUUCGUAUAAAAAGCAUCGUUAUCUCGUUCAAUCGUUUUAGCGGAAAACUACUUACAUUACAAAUAAGAGCAGAAUCCUUAAAAAGUUACUUUUUUUUAUGCUUGUCUUUUGCUCGGGUUAUUUUUUUUUUCACCAUUGCUAACUUUACAUAUGCAUUCCUACCAGCGUAGUAACAUACACGCACACUUCGAAAGGGUCCGUCGAGACUCCUUUCAACACAAUACUGCAUCUCAUUUAGAUAUGAAACAAUUUUUUACAAACGACAAACUAACAUUUAAACAAAUUUUAUAAUCAAGAGUAAGCUUAGUUAUCCAUACCAUCUAACCAAACAUUCGCUUUCAAAGUAUAAAAAUAUUUAAUGCAAAAUGUAGGUGAAAAAAUUAUUGCUACUCCGCAACUAUUAUGAUGAGUCGAAUAAUUUCUUUCAAUUUUUACGUUUUAUAAUCGGUUUACAAACAGUUACGUCGAGUCGUCAACCAAUGAAUAAAUAGGUUUAGAACUUCAAUGAAUUACUCAAGUUUUUUCUAACGUUUAAAAAUUUGUAAAAUUACAAAUCACUCAAAUUUAUUUCUCACUCAAAUGAAGUGUAAAAAUAUGAUCAAAUUUUUUUUUCACGUAGAAACUUCGAAUACUUGUAUUAUUAUGUACGCUUACUAAUUACUCUCACUAAGAGUUAGAAUAAAAUGAAAGAUAAAUAAACAAUACUUCGUUCGUCGAAAAAAUUUGAACUGUGAACAUGUAGAAGUGAAAUAUAGUUUUGCUUACAAUCUAUUAUCGACAUAGUGCUGAAAUUACAGGCGAAAAUUCUAUACAAUGAAUUCUAAAGUUUGAAAUGGUACACGUCUGCACCAUUUUUAAGAACAUUCAUAAUGCCACUUUUGUAAGAAUCUUAAUAACAAAUGUCAAUUUCAAACCGGAUUUAAAAAUGUUUUAUAAAACUGUACACUACACAAUGAAAAGCAGAGCUUUGCAUCUACAAUUUUUUCAUGCAUUAACUUGUUAUUUUGUUGUGAUGCCUUAAAUAGUACCACGUUAUUACAUUUUUCUAGUUUAAAAUCCAUUCACAGUAGUUACGAUUAUUAGUAUAAUAUGCCGUUGAAGGGUUUAUCUCGUUUCGUUUAUCCCGUCUUUUACAUAUGAUAUAAACGUUCAAGCUUUCGAAUAACUGUGAAAUUUUCUUUUUAUCUCCAAUACAGAUUUAGUGCGAUUGAGUAUUUUCCAAUCCAAAAAUACUGAUUAAUCAUACAAUAGCUUGAAUACAGUAUUAUCCUGGCUUUUUUACAUACUUUAAACCACUGUGGUUUUUCUAGGAAAAAAUGAUUUCAAUUACUAUUUACACCCUAUUCAAUGAAUUUUUGUUCCGAACUUGUAAAAAUUACAAUGGUUUCAUGAACUGUGAUCUGGAAUGGCAUUCAAAUUUUUUUUUCUAUAUUACUAUCAAGAUACAAUAUUCAUUUGUGUCAUACUCGAAUGUAUUGUUUAGAUAUAAUUUUUCAUAUAUACAUAUUGUGUAUAUCGUUUGACUGAAUACUUUACAUUAUAUGUAUAUAUAUACUUUUUUAUUCAUAUAAUAAUA